CUUAGACAACGCUUCGUCUUUUCUUUCGUAAAGUUUCUCUGAUACUUUUAUUUCCUUCUACUACUGUCUUUUCCUGUUGACUGGAGGAAUUGGUCGCACUGCAAUUAUAUGUGGAUGGAUUGACCAUCAUCGCUCUCUCCGAAUAGCCUCAACCAGAUGCGAACGCGCAAAAAUACCUUAUCAAUCCAAUGAAGCGUCUUGCGACCCAUACAAGUAAUCCUAUCGCUCGAAAUAUACUCCACGAUGUACCCCCAUAUGCCUAGAUUUCUAGGCCCCGAAUCUCACUCCCGAUCGACACUCAGACGGAUUUUUACAUUCGAAGGAACGCGAAAUCCGAAAGUGAUAAUUGGCAUACUCCUCGCCAUAAUAUUCAUGCUCUCAUUUGGUGGAUUUCUCAUGGAGAUGCCAGCUGUACGGCUAUACGAGGAUAUACUAUGCCAUCAUUACUACAAUGGAUUGGAAGGAGAAGCACAUAUCGGGUUUGACGAACCAAUUGAUGAGGAGAUGUGUAAAGGGAAUGCGGUUCAGAAUGAGUUGAACUUUCUUUUUGGGACGUUGCAUUUUAUCUCGCCGAUUCCGAGGUUGUUGACGACGAUUCCAUAUGGGGCGUUGGCGGAUAGGUAUGAUAUAAAUAUCCGCUAUGGUUGGUGGGAUUUUGCUCAAGCUGAUUAAUUUCAUAUAGAAUUGGAAGAAAACCUGUCUUCAUCCUCGCCAUUGUUGGUUUCAUUCUUUCGGGUCUAUGUGAUAUUUUGAUUGUAUCCCUUUGGAAAGUCUUGCCUUUGCGUUUAAUUUGGCUUUCUCCUCUAUUUACCUUUAUUGGAGGAGGAGAAGCGGUAGCAGCAAUGAUUGUAUGGCAUUCACAAUCUUAUCCUGAAUUCUGAAUCAUAUACAAAUGCUGACAUGGUCAUUUGUUAGUUUUAUGCUAUUGCUUGCGAUAUAACCACAGAGACCGCCAGGUUUGUAAGCCAAACUCUUGUCAGGAGAACACCUACUAAUCUAACCCAGAGCCAAUGUAUUUUUACUCGGAGGUUGUGGAGCUCUCGCUUCUACCCUCGUAGCGCCAACGGUCGCAAGUUUCCUCAUGGCUGUAUCACCAAUGCUUCCAUUGUUUGUAGGACUCGCAACGAUGAUAUGCGGUGCUUCCAUUACAUUCUUCAUGCCAGAAACCUUACACCUUCGACUUUCGGCAACCACAGGACAACUCGCAAAAUCUUUGCCGCCAGAACAAUCUGAUGUUCACAGGAAGCCAAAACCAAAAUUCAGGCAAUCGACAUCAUUUAUGAGCCUCAAGUCUAAUAUUACAGAUUUCUUGGGCAGGGCCUAUGAAGCUAUCAAAGUUAUUAGCUCUGUUCGUAUGCAGGUUCUUCUUGUCACAUUCAUUGCCUUACCUUUUUGUAAUCAAUCCGUUGGGUUAUCAAUUCGAUAUGUGUCGAAUCGCUUCUCUUGGAAACUACGAGAGACCAUGCUUCUCUUAUCCAUGCGUGCUUUAGUAAACAUCAUCAUAUUAAUGGCACUCGUCCCUCUUAUUUCGAAACUCCUCACCAAGAAGUUCGGCUUCACCUCCCAGGAAAAGGAUCUUCUCCUUGUCCGGUUCUCGAUCAUCAUGUUCAUCAUCGGCUCUCUCGUCAUUGCCGCAAGUCCCACGAUCGGGCUCACGAUUGCUGGGAUGAUUAUUUGGACCGUUGGGACAGGAUUUGAUUCCUUCAUACGCUCUUUGAUAACGGCAUUGGUGGAUAAAGAGCAUAUUGCACGUCUCUAUUCGAUCAUUACUGUAGUUGAAACCUUAGGUGCUUUAGUAGCUGGUCCCUCGCUUAACUACUCUUACUCUGUGGGACUUGAGAAAGGCGAUGGCUGGAGUGGCUUGCCAUUUUACUUUCUGGCUCUUGUGUGUCUUUUUGCUAGUUUCGGAGUUUGGUCGUAUGGGUGGUACGGGUCGAAUGGGAGCUUUGGGAGGCAGAAUUUCGAUUAUGAGCCUGUGCCAUUUGGCGAGGAGUAUUUGGGUGAUCUUGAGGAAGUUGAGGGGCUUGGGGAAGACCGUAUUAUGCUGGAGUCUGUGUUGGAAAGGGAGUGGGAUCGAAGCCAUGUCAGGAUAUAA